UUACAGGUUUAAACCAAUUUCUGAUCAUCACUGAAACCGGUUUAUGUGUAAUGUCUGUCCCUAACCUGAAAGAACUGUGAGACUACAGGAUGGAAAGUGUAGAAGCACAAAGUACUUUUAUUUUAUUAAUUAGAAAAAUAUUAUAAAAAUACAAGUUAUCUUGAUGACAGUGAGGUAGGACGGCUGCCAUGGGUUUGUGGGGAAAGCUGCUAGCCAUCAAGAUUCUGUUUAUCUAUGUAUUUCUGUUAGUUGUUGCGUCUCUAAGGCUCCUCAGAUUGGUUUUCCUCUUGGAACCCAUCCAUUAUGGCAGCACAGCAGGACCAGUGCCAGCACUGCACUUCUCUGCUGGCCUCUGUCUACUCUCAUACGUGGCCACAGAGCAGACAGCAGGGGUUAAUACUGCUCCAGGAUUUUCCACUUUCACUUCAGCAACUUUCCAAGGGACAGGUAUGAGCUGGUCCAUCUUCUUAUUCCUCUUGUCCCACUCAUGUGGAGGGGAAAUGUGAUUGUGUUUGUGUGGUAGGAAGUAAGCUACUUCAUCUACCCAUGCCCUGGAAAAUUGUUCUCCACUGAACUGUUUCCUCCUUCAUCAUUAAGAAGAGGGAACACAAAGAUCAUUUUUGUUUACAGGGGUUGGACAAAACAUACACCUAUCCAGGAAUUAUUGCAAAAUGUGACUUCCAGCUUUGUAGACCACUCCACCUUUGAGUAAUGGAAACUAAUUCUAUGCUGUCUUUGGAAUGAGCUUGUAAUUCAUGUUUUGACUCUUCUGUAAAAUGCUCUGACGUUCUAUAUGUAACGGUAAAAUUCUCAGUGCCAGUACCAAAAAUAACCCCACCAAUAUUCUUGGCUGCAUCAUAGCAGAGGUUUACAAUUCAUGGAUGCCAUAUGUAGUUCUCUGUAACCACUGGCACAACAAUUUAACCAAUGGGAUUACAGAAUGCAAAUAAAGUAACAUCAUCAGUAUGGUUAUUCUCUGAUGUCACAAUCACUCUGUGCCAUCAAUGACAACUAUCUUGAAAUUAAACCACUGACUUUUUGUGUCUUUCUGACAAAGAGACCUUUAUAAAAGCCUAAUCAUGGAGAAGCAUAGAGGGAUGCUUUGUUUAUCGCUUUAAUUUGAACUUAUUUAAUUUUUAAAAACUUACAGUAUUUCUUCAUAUACAGCUGAGAAGAAUCACUUUCACUGAAUCUUCUGUGAUUAUUAAGAAGCAGAUCUUCAUUUUAUUGUUGAGACAAGAUGGUGAAUUAUUAUGAGGUUCUAGGAGUGCAAAAAAAUGCCUCUGCUGAUGAUAUUAAAAAGGCCUACCGAAAGCUGGCUUUGAAAUUGCAUCCAGAUAAAAAUCCAGAGAAUAAAAAAGCAGCAGAAAGGGAAUUUGUUGAAGUCUUUAAGGCAUAUGAGGUUUUAUCUGAUGCCAAAAAACGGAACAUCUAUGACAAAUCUACUGAAGGAGUUUUAAUUAGGCAACAAAGAAAAGGUGGAGGUAAAGGUGAAAGAAAAGAAAAAGAUAGGAAGAGAGAGAAAUUCAAAAAAGGGGAACACUUUGAUUCUGAAUUCACAUUCAGUAGCCCUUAUCCAAAUGUUUUUGGAGGAACAGAUGCCUUUUCAGGGAAACUCUUGGAUGAUGCACUUGAGGCCUUUUCUGACAUUCCUGGAAGACUCCAUGGAAGAAGACGCAGAGGCAAUGAAGGAUAUUCUGUCUCUAUUUUUGGAGUGUCUCCUAUUUCAGGGACUGGAUUUACCUCAUUUGGUUCUCAGCAAGCUCGGGGCUGCUCUUCAUCCACCAUCACUUCACUCAACAACAGUGGGAAAGGCAACUUCAAAUCAAUCAUAACAACCAGCAAAAUAGUUAAUGGUGUCAAAGUCGCCACCAAAAGAAUUGUGGUGAAUGGAAGAGAGAGAAUAGAAACCAUUUUUGACCAUUAAAAUUCUCAACAGCAAGUGGAAAUAGAUGGGAAAUCAUUACUACUGAUGACAAGAAAUGAUGUAUUGACUGGACUUUCAUUAAAACUGGGGCCAGCUUUG